UCAAGGAGGGGUCGGUCAGUCGCUGCCCAGGAUCCUCUCCCUUUGGGCGCCAGUGCCUUCGGGUGCCAGGCGAGGGGCUCGGGCGUUGUGGGUUGCGCGCCCAUCCCCACACCCUGAGUCAGGGAUGGAGGAAUCCCUGUAGUGGCAGACUGCAAAGCGGCAGAGGGCAAAGCGCCCAGGGGAUUGUCCCUGAGCCCUGAGUCCCCAGUUUUGUGUGAGGAAGAUGGAGGCUGACCUGUCUGGCUUUAACAUCGAUGCCCCCCGUUGGGACCAGAGCACUUUCCUUGGGCGGGUGAAGCACUUCUUCAAUAUCACGGACCCCCGCACUGUCCUGGUACCAGAGCAGGAGCUGGACUGGGCCAAGAUUAUGGUGGAGAAGAGCAGGAUGGGAGUCGUGCCCCCAGGCACCCAAGUGGAGCAGCUGCUAUAUGCUAAAAAGCUGUAUGACUCGGCCUUCCACCCUGACACCGGGGAGAAGAUGAAUGUCAUUGGGCGGAUGUCCUUCCAGGUCCCGGGCGGCAUGAUCAUCACAGGCUUCAUGCUCCAAUUCUACAGGACCAUGCCGGCGGUGAUCUUCUGGCAGUGGGUGAACCAGUCCUUCAAUGCCUUAGUCAACUAUACCAACAGGAAUGCCGCUUCCCCCACAUCGGAGAGGCAGAUGGCCCUUUCCUACGUCACAGCCACCACCACCGCUGUGGCCACUGCUGUGGGCAUGAACAUGUUGACAAAGAGAGCUCCACCCCUGGUGGGCCGCUGGGUGCCCUUUGCUGCUGUGGCCGCAGCUAAUUGUGUCAACAUACCAAUGAUGCGACAGCAGGAACUCAUCCAGGGCAUCUGCGUGAAGGACAAGAAUCACAAUGAGAUCGGUCACUCCCGGAGAGCUGCUAUUGUCGGCAUCACUCAAGUGGUUAUUUCUCGGAUUGCCAUGGCAGCCCCUGGCAUGAUCUUGUUGCCCAUCGUUAUGGAACAGCUGGAGAAACUGCGUUUCAUGAAGAAAGUCAAGGUCCUGCAUGGACCGUUGCAGGUCAUGCUGUGCGGGUGCUUCCUCAUCUUCAUGGUGCCAGUGGCAUGUGGGCUCUUUCCGCAGACAUGCAAAUUUCCAGUUUCCUCACUGGAACCAGAGCUCCAAGGCACCAUUAGGACCAAGUAUGGAGAACCUGUGCCUUAUGUCUACUUCAACAAGGGUCUCUAAGUGGCCAUAUUCACCAGCUCCUCCUUAGCCACAUGUCUAGCUGUGCCCUCACUCCUUUGCCCACUGGGCCUGAAAACCAGGGUGGAUUUGGAUAGGUGGGAGGAUGCCACUGGUUUGUUGGACUCCAGGGAAUAAAAAUGAACAAGAGGGGAAAGACCAAGUCCUCAGUCUGCUACCUGCUCAGCCUUGUUCUCCCUCUUGGAUAGGUUGCUGACAUGUGGGAUAAAUACUCAAGAAAACUCUUUGGAAAAUUAGAAAACUUUUGAGAUGCUAGUUCCAGUCUAAGUGGGGAGGAGCCUCUGGGAUAAAAAGAAGCUCCCUCUCCCCUUUCUCUUCAUCUUUUCUCAAGCUGUGCAAUCUUUCAGCUGAUCAGCCUUAGCAAACCUAGGAAGAGAGAGUGGGGAGUGUCACCCUGGGGUUCACAGCCACCCUUCCCCAUUCUCCUCCCUGCUGCCCCCAGGAGAAAAGCCACUUUGGGAGUGCUGCUAACUUUGACUUUAUCAGUCACUUAGGAGUUCUUAGUGCUAAAUAAGGUCACUGUCAGGCAGCGGUUUCCUGGGACUUCCAGCCUCUCUGUUAACACUGACUUUCUCCCCCUCCCCUAAAUCCUGUCUGAUUUUACUUCUUUGUGUUUGAAAGAAAAAUCCACUGACUGUGACUAAAAAGGAUGUGGAUAGAUAUUAACUAUUUUCAUGGGGGUAAUUUCCUAGCCACCUCCCUUCCUGAGCCCCUUGGGUUAAACACCAAAGACAGACUGGCAUGUACUGAAUAGGAAAGGAAUUUUUUUUUUUGGAUACCUCUACGAGGAAAUCAACCAGGACCAAAGUCUUAAAGGACAUACAGCAAAUCACUGCUACCUCCCUUUCCCAACUCGGCUGCUCCAGGCAAUGGCUCAAGCUUCCCUGGGGAGCCGUUGUGGUUUACCUGGGUCCAUGUCUGGAUGAGUUUUUGUUUAGUAGAACUUUCCAACAAUUCAGAGGAUCACUGUGAACUGAAUAAAUUUUUUGAGCACACUGAAUUGUCUGCAGUGAGUUAAUAAAGGUUGACUGGAAAGCAGGAUCUGGUCUUAACCUUGGCCUUGGCAUGUAGGAGGGUAUCUCAAUAAAGGGGAAACUGACACUGGGAGACCACUGAUCAUUUCCCUUAUUACAGAGAAAAGGGCCACUUGUCUUUGCUGAAAAGCUGCAGAGAUCUUCCUGAGUGGCAAUGUGCUGCUCCUGAGCAGGAGUUUGUGAACACUGGCUCUGGUGUCCAAAUUUGCCUCUUACUGUUUUAUAGUGCCUGGGAACUAGGAAUGGUUUUUAUAUAUUUA